AUGGCCGACUACACAUACCAAUCGCUGGCCAACAUGGGGCCACAAGGGCGAUGGCGACGUGUUUUAUUGACCGCUAUGAUACCCAUGGCGCUGGCUUUGGUUUACUUCAGCUAUCCUUCUGCAUACGUCCCGAGCAGCCUUCGGUCACAGUACCCGCACACGCAAAAUGUCUCUCUACCCAAAGAUGACGUCUCGAUGGCGACAAUAAUAAAAGCCCUCUACGGUCCGAUAUUACACCCCAUCGACGCCGCCAACUUUACCGACGAAGAUGGAGACAUAUACAGACUAUCCGGGGAACCAAAAUUCAAGAGCAAGCUAGGCAAGAAGGUGCUUAUAUUGGACAUUGAUAGCCGACCGUUGACGGAUAAGGGUCAGCUUAUGGACCCGCAUUUGAAGUGGAAGGGCAUGCGCUCGUUGAGUGCGGGCAUGCUGGGGCAUUACAUGUUCGCACAAAUACACGGUUACGAUUACAAGUUCAUUCGCGCACCCGAUUACGCCGACCGGUGGGGCACAUGGGUCAAGGUUCCAAUGAUGAAGGAAGCGCUCAAGACCCAUGAAUACAUUGUCUUCAUGGACUCAGACGUCAUGUUCCACUACCCUCACCUGCCUCUCGAGUGGCUGCUCAACUACUGGAACAUGACCGACGAUACCCUUGCCAUGAUGUCUAUCGACCCGAACGAGCCGCAGAACUACGAUGCGAAGGGCAACCGAUACCUCAACACCGGAUUUGUCAUCGCACGACAGAGCAAGAGGACACAAGAGAUGUACAAGGCCUGGGCGGAAUGCCCUUCUGAGACCAAGUACAAGGGCUGCGCGCAUUGGAAGACAGAUUGGGCGCACGAACAAGCCGCCUUUGGAAACUAUCUUCGAUAUGACUACGACCGACCGGACGAUAUCCGUGUUCUCCCUUGCGUCGAAGCCAAUGGCGCACCCGAGGCUGCGAACCGGGGUGGUUGCAAGGGCGUGUUUGUACGACAUUUCUGGGUCGACAAAGGCCUUGUAGCUAAGAACCUGGCGGACAGCGUCAUGCAGUACUUCCUACCGCGAUUGCACGAGGCGUACCUGGGCUCAGCGAGUGAGCACAUCGUGGAUGCAAAGGGGUUCAAGCUUGAAGGUGCGGAGCUGAUUGAGAUGACCGAAGAGGAAAAGGCCGCUGCCAAGAAAGGGAAGGGCAAGAACCAGAAGGACGAAGGGUGGUAG